ACCGUCAUAUCAAAUCAACGUCCCUUGACAGUAGGCGCAGUGUGGUUUAGGGCCGUGGCCGAACUUCUCUUCCUUUAGCCGGUGAACGCUAACGUGCGCGAGGGUGUUUCCUCCCUCUUCUCACUCUCUCUCUCUAGAAGAUUCCAUUCACGCGACCCCACACACUCACACACAGCUCCAACGUUCAGGUCCGAUCCUUCUUUUUGCCCCCUCAAAAAACCCUAAUUUUCUAAUAUUUCUUACUAUUUCAUCUCAAUUUUGAGCUGUUCGUAGUUGUUAACAAUUCAUAGGCUCUAAUGUUGAAUGUACUUUUAGUUAACUGAAAAACUGAAAUAGUAUUAUUAAUUGUUUGCAUUGGCUCUAAUUUUGUGGAAAAGGAAGAAGAUUUGUUUUAUUUUUGGAUAUGAAUGUUGUUGUAUUUAUGAACUCUGGAUUUGUUUUGCUGAUUCAGUACCCUGGAAUGGUUGUAUAUUGAAUGUGUUGAAGGAAUUUUGGCUAGGGUUUACAUGUGGAGGAGGGGAGUGUAUUGAUUGAUGCCCUAGGGGCAUGGGGGAGGAAGAGAAUAUCAAAUUGUUGGAGAGAGCACCUAAGAAGCGUGUCGAGAUGGAGUUUGAUUCAGGAGAUGAUGAGCCUAUUGGGUCUUUACUGAAGCUAAAAAGCAAAAAGAACUUGAAAAAAGUCAAGGUGGAACUAGGUAGUAACAAGGCUGUGGUUCGAAAAGCAGCGGUUAAGGAUGAAGAUUUGGUUGGCAUGGAUGAUACCUUAGCUAGUUUUAGGAAAAAGUUGAAGGGUCCUAAGAAGGAUAGUGGAUCUGUAUCAACUACUGGGAAAAGUUCAAGUAAGUUGACAGUGCAAUCUCUGGAUGGGUCUGUGAACGUAAUGGCCAAGAUUGUGGAAAAGGGUCGGUCAGAUGUGGAUUGUCUAUCUGAAGGGACAAUCGAUAAAGGUUUUGAGAAAGGAAAUAAGAGAAAGAGUAAGAGGCCAAAGCUUGCUUUGGAGCCACAGAAAGUGGAGGUAUCUGGGGAUAUCUCCUUGCUAUGUGAUAAAAAGAGUGGAAAAAGCUCUCCUAAUUGCAUUGAUGGUGGCAUUCUAGAAGAUUCACUAUCAGCUUUUCUGAAGAAAACACAAUCUGGUUUGAUUAAGAGAUCCCACGGUCCUUGGCAGUUGAAAAGAGGGAAGGAAAGUGAAGCUUUAUGUGAUGUUUUGAACUCAAGCCCUAUUGCAACAGAAACCGUUUCUUCCGUAAGUAUGUGCCGUAAAUUGAUUGAAGAAAUUCCUGAAUCCAAUGAGAGUGUGCAUGUGGCACUUGAUAGAGUUUCAGUAGAUAUGCAGUCAAAAUCAGGUGAGUUAAUGCCCAUAAAGGAAGAAUGUGUCCAACACCUUUCAUGGCCAGAGGUUUCUUCUUCUGCAUUGAACAAUGAUGAGUUGUUGAAAUCAAGCAAUGAGAUAGAUGAUGCAUCUUCCAUUAAGGUCUCAGGUGUCCUAGAUGGUGAGAUCACAUGUCACAUUAAACUUAGAGAAGAGGAAAUUGCCAGUGUGAAUGAUAUUGCGGGUGGAAAUUGCAAGGAUCUUCAUGAUGAGGGUCUCUUGAAGAACUGUCCUAAUUGUCAUGAAAAGUCUGCUUCCAAGGACGGAUUUAGUGAUCAUUCAAUAACAGCAGGUCGUGAUAUUUCGUCUCUACAUACCAGUACUCCUGAGAAUAUCGAGAAGCUUGAGUUUGAGCAUCCUGUGUCUGAAACCAAGUUCAAUGCUUAUAUGGAUAUGAACUCAAAUGCAAUUUUAAGCAGCCGGAAAACUCAUGUAGAUGAUCAAAUAUGCUCUUCAAGCCGAGCAGAUGAUUCAGGUUCUUGUAGAAGCGUUCAAUUAUUGAACAAACUUGAUAAACCACAAGGGAGCAUUGGAAAUGUGCCUAUUCAAACUUUGAUGCCAUCCAUCUGCCUGUUAGAAGGCCCACCUGCAGCCAAGGAGGAGACAGGCUCGGAAGGUUGUGGGUAUGCUCAAGUUUGUUUGACGCCUAAUUUUGUUGCAGCAGAUAAGCGUUCAAGUGACAUUUAUGAUGAGCAGCGAAUUUCUGGUGAUUCUGUUGAUGACCAAGCUUGUGCUCCAGUUUCGUUGUCAAAGGAGGAUGGUCAAGUGUUUGAGGGUGGGUUAUCUCCAGUGGCUAUAGAAAGGAAUCAACAAGUUAAAGUUGCCAGCCAGAUGAAGCACGAGGACCAAAUCAUGGAGAAUGCUGAUGACAUCUAUGGUUCUUCUGAACAAAUGACUAUUGAUAAUUCUGCCACCUCAUUGCGCAAAUGCGCUUCAGCUUUCCAUCAGAGUCAACUGGCUGAUGAGAAUUGUGAAGGCGCCAAUCAUCAAAGUCGUGAAUUUGUUACUGGAGAUGAUGAGGCUGAUGCCACAUCUUCUCCAUCAAUUACACCAGAAUGUGAUGAAAACGUUGCUGAAGAAACUGAGUCUCAACUGGCUACUGAGGGAAAAGGGCAGAGACUCUUUUCUGGUCAACGUGCUCCACGUAAGACCAAAAAGCGUAGGCAUGGGGACAUGGCCUAUGAGGGUGAUGUUGAUUGGGAAAUUCUGGUGCAUGGGCAAGAUUUUCUUCUCAGUCAUCAGGAUGGAGAUGGUAGACAUUCCUUCAGAACAAGAGAGAAGCUUGAGUCUAUGUUGAUAGGUAUGGAUACUAAAAAUGGCGGGGCAGCAGCAGUAUCUGUUGGGCUGAAAGCUCGUGAAGUUGGGCCAGUAGAAAGAAUCAAGUUUAAGGAGGUGCUGAAGCGCAAAGGUGGACUCCUGGAAUAUCUAGAAUGCAGGAAUCAGAUUUUGAGCCUUUGGAAUAAAGACAUCAGUCGUGUCUUACCUCUUUCAGAAUGUGGAGUGUCUGAAACCCCUUUGGCGGAUGAAUCACCUCGGGCUUCUUUAAUUAGGCAAAUCUAUUCUUUUCUUGAUCACUGUGGCUACAUAAAUUUUGGAAUUGCUUCAGAAAAGGAUAAAGCUGAAAAUGGUGUCGAUCACAACUUGAAAAUUUUGACAGAAGAAAAAUUUGUAGAAAACUCUGGAGCUCCUGUUACUGAUACGGAUGAUGGAGUUUCUUUUAUUCUUGGGAGAUCAAAGAGUUCUGAGAUUGUCAUGCCAGAGAAGAAUGAUGUUUUAUCUGAUGAAGGGAAAAAGACAGAAAACGGUGGAACUGAUUGCCAGCUCAUUGAUAGGCCGGCCGUAGAGUUAUCUACUCUAUCAGAGCAACGAGAAUGUCCUGCUGAUGAUUUGCAGGUAAAUGGUUAUCUUAAUAUACAGUCACCCUGUCAACCAUUUGAUUUAGGUUCAGUUGGUCCAGUGCCUUCAGGUGAAGUUAAGGAUAGUGAAUUACAGAAUAUUGUACAUCCAGAUUUUUUGCCUCCUAACAGUACAGAGAUUGAUGGUAGAACAGCCGAUAAACAUCUUGUGAUUUCAGAAGAUACUUGUGGGUUCCCACCUGACUCAUUCAGGAGUCAGAGGCAAAACACAUGUUGUGAUGCAAAAGGGAAAAAAAGAAUAAUUGUUGUCGGUGCUGGUCCUGCUGGCCUAACCGCAGCACGGCACCUGAAACGCCAAGGAUUCCAUGUUACCAUGCUCGAGGCCAGAAGUAGAAUUGGUGGUCGUGUUUUUACAGAUCUCUCAUCUCUCUCUGUCCCGGUGGACCUUGGUGCUAGCAUUAUUACCGGUAUUGAGGCAGAUGUGGCGACUGAAAGAAGACCGGAUCCUUCUUCAUUGAUUUGUGCACAGUUGGGUCUUGAAUUGACCGUGUUGAACAGUGAUUGUCCACUGUACGAUGUAGCUACUGGCCAGAAAGUUCCAGCAGAUCUAGAUGAAGCAUUGGAAGCAGAAUUCAAUAGCUUAUUGGAUGAUAUGGUACUGUUGGUUGCUCAAAAAGGGGAGCAUGCGAUGCGGAUGUCUUUGGAGGAUGGUUUAGAAUAUGCACUUAAGAGACGGCGCAAGGCUCGUUUUGCAAGAAAUCAUAUGGGUAAUGAACCACAAAAAUCAUCAGUAACAGCAGUGGAAUCCAUGGCACUUCCUGAUUGGGGAACUUCUCAAAAUCUUAGUUCUAAGAUAGAGAUCUUGAGCCCUCUUGAGAGGAGGGUAAUGGAUUGGCAUUUUGCCAACUUGGAGUAUGGUUGUGCUGCAUUACUUAAAGAAGUCUCUCUUCCUUAUUGGAAUCAGGAUGAUGCAUAUGGAGGUUUUGGUGGAGCUCAUUGUAUGAUUAAAGGCGGCUACAGCUCCGUUGUUGAAUCACUGGGUGAGGGACUUUGCGUUCACUUAAACCACAUUGUAACUGAUAUUUCAUAUUGCAAAGAAGACAUUCCGACAAAAAAUGACUUGUUUAACAAGGUAAAAGUUUCUACGUCAAAUGGACGAGAGUUUUCAGGAGAUGCAGUCCUUAUUACAGUUCCAUUAGGGUGUCUUAAGGCAGAAACCAUUAAAUUUUCACCACCUUUA